UAAAGAAAAAUCAAACUUCACAAUCUUCUUCUUCUUCACUUUACCAAAUCGUAUCCAACCAAUCUUAGGGCAACUGUGAAAAUUUUAUUGUCUUCUUCUUCUUCUUCUCGAUACCUUCGAAUCGCAUCUCUAAUAAUAAAAAAGGAAUCUUUCAAUAUUGGGUGGUUCUUCCUUGUCCCGAUUUGUUAAAAAAAUGGCAUCUACGAAUCAGAAUAUAAAAGUAUUGACGUUAGAUUCGUUACCAGUGGGGUUGAGAUUCCGUCCAACUGACGAGGAGCUAGUCCGCUUCUAUCUCCACAGGAAAAUCAACGGCCACGAUGACGACGUAACAGCCAUCCGAGAGAUCGACAUCUGCAAAUGGGAACCUUGGGAUUUACCUGGUUUCUCAGUGAUUAAGACAAACGACUCAGAGUGGUUAUUCUUCUGUCCAUUGGACCGGAAGUACCCAAACGGAAGUAGACAGAACCGGGCAACAAUCGCAGGCUACUGGAAAGCCACAGGGAAAGACCGGAAGAUCAAAUCCGGCAAGAACAGCAUCAUCGGCGUGAAGAGAACUCUGGUUUUCCACUCUGGUCGAGCUCCUAAGGGGACACGAACCAACUGGAUCAUGCACGAGUACCGUGCCACCGAGGAUGACCUCAGUGGCACCAAUCCUGGCCAGAGUCCUUUUGUUAUAUGCAAGCUGUUCAAGAAACAAGACCUGAGUUUAGCUGAUGAAGAUUCAAAGUUGGAUGAAGCUGCAGACCAGGAUGUCUUGUCUCCAACUGGUGCAACAUCUUCCCCUGGUGAGACUAGAUCUCAAGUAUCAGUGGUAGUUAAAACAGAAGACGUGAAGCAUUAUGACAUCGCGGAAUCUUCUCUUGUAGUCUCCAGUGCUUGCGUUGAGGCUACAACCGCCCAGCUUGGAGAUAUUGAUUAUCUGUCUUUUCCGGAGCUGGAGUCACUGAACUACACAAUGUUCUCCCCAUCACACUCUCAACUCCAAUCCGAGCUUGGAUUCUCUCUCAACGCAUUUCAGUCCGGCUUGAGUGACUUUUCAGGGAACCACAGCAACAGCUCCCAGGUUCAGACUCAGUACGGUACAAACGAAGUGGAUACAUAUAUAUCCGACUUUGUGGACUCGAUUCUCGAUCUCCCAGACGACGCAGUUCCAGAGCAGGAAGGGUCAGCGCCACAUCAGAUUGCAUAUGCACAGCACUCGGUAGGUGACAUGAGCAAUGAUGUUUCAAGAACAGGUAUCAUCAAGUUACAGGCUCGGCGGGAACAACCCUCAGGUUGUGCCACUGACUAUAUAGUCCAUGGAAGUGCCUCAAAAAGGUUGCGUCUGCAAAGUAACCUUGAAGGUAUUAAAUCGAAAAGUCUAGAGCUUCAGACUAUCAAGAGGGAGGUUGAGGAGGAUAUGGAUGGAGAAGCCAUGAAGAAGGGGAAGCCAUCAAAGAACAAAACCGGAUUGUUGUUUAGAAAGUUUGUGUCCGUGAGGUGUUCAUCCGGGGGACUUCUUAGGGCGGCCGUAGUUGCAAUCCUGUUCUUGAUGUCAGUCUGCAGUCUAACCGCAGACUUCCGAGCAGCUUCCGUGAUGAUCUGAAAACCAGAACCUUUAUUGUGUAUAUAUAUUGUGCUCGAACCAGGUUCUUUUUUUAUUUGGUUUUGGUUUCAGUUUUCACCUUAUCAGGGACGAGUGUAAGAGGGUAUUUGGUUGUAUACAUGUAUAACGUUAUGAUGAGAUGUUAACACUCUAGCAGCUACUCUGACUCUCUUUAGAGUUCUUGUUACAUAAUUAAGAUUUUUUAAACGCUUUUUUUUUUCCAGUUGA